AACCCACCCUCCAAGCUCAGUCAUAUCUCUCUGCAUUUUUGAAAACGUAUCGUCGCCUCCUCUCAACCCUCUGUACCAGACUCGCCGGCGAUCGGCGGGGCACCUGAAUUAAACAAUUCAACGGCUUUGCUCUCCUCCACUCCUCCCGUUUCGAAUUAUUUAUGCGUUUGUCGCGGCAUAUCUAUAGGUAUAUAUAUUUUGAGCUUGCGUGCGCGAAUAGAAUAGAUAUUUUGAUAGGUUGCAAUGUCGGAGGACGAGAAAUUAUUGAAGGAGGCGAAGAAGCUGCCGUGGGAGGACCGGCUGACUCAUAAGAAUUGGAAGGUUAGAAAUGACGCCAACAUCGACCUCGCGGAGCUGUGCGGCUCUAUCACGAAUCCCAAGGACCCUCGCCUACGUGAAUUCGGACAUUUUUUCAAAAAGGCUGUGGCGGAUUCUAAUGCGCCGGUGCAAGAGAAGGCACUUGACUCGCUAAUAGCUUACUUAAAAGCUGCCGAUGCUGAUGUUGGAAGGUAUGCAAAGGAAAUAUGUGAUGCAAUUGUAGCAAAAUGCUUGACGGGUAGGCCAAAGACAGUAGAGAAGGCACAAGCUGCGUUUUUGCUUUGGGUAGAAUUGGAAGCAGUUGAGGCAUUCCUGGAUGCAAUGGAGAAAGCCAUUAAAAAUAAAGUUGCCAAAGCUGUUGUUCCUGCAGUAGAUGUUAUGUUUCAGGCCUUAAGUGAAUUUGGGGCGAAGAUUGUACCACCAAAGAGAAUAUUGAAGAUGCUUCCUGAAUUGUUUGAUCAUCAGGAUCAAAAUGUUCGAGCUUGUGCUAAGGGGCUUACACUGGAACUUUGUCGAUGGAUUGGCAAAGAUCCUGUGAAAUCAAUACUUCUUGAGAAAAUGCGUGACACUAUGAAAAAAGAAUUGGAGGCUGAACUAGUUAAUGUCACUGGAUCUGCUAAGCCAACUAGGAAAAUAAGAUCUGAACAAGACAAGGAGCCAGAACAGGGUGCCGUUCCUGAGGUAGCUGGCUCUGGCCAUUCUGAAGAAUCUGUUGCAGAAAUUCCGCAGGAGAUAGAUGAGUAUGAGCUUGUAGAUCCGGUUGAUAUUUUGACUCCUCUUGAGAAGUCGGGCUUUUGGGCAGGAGUGAAAGCUGCCAAAUGGUCGGAAAGAAAGGAAGCUGUUGCUGAGUUAACUAAACUUGCUUCAACAAAGAAAAUAGCACCGGGUGACUUUACUGAAAUUUGUCGGAUGCUGAAGAAGCUGAUUACAGAUGUAAACAUUGCUGUAGCAGUUGAAGCCAUCCAAGCAAUUGGAAAUCUUGCUAGGGGAUUGAGAACCCAUUUUACAGGGAACUCUCGCUUGCUGUUGCCUGUUUUGCUGGAAAAAUUGAAAGAGAAAAAGCCUACUUUGAUGGAUUCACUUACGCAGACGCUCCAGGCAAUCUACAAAUCAGGGUGUUUAAACCUUGCAGACAUUGUUGAAGAUAUUAAGACGGCUACGAAAAAUAAAGUUCCACUAGUUCGAUCUUUGACAUUAAAUUGGGUUACAUUUUGCAUUGAAAUGAGCAGCAAGGCUGUUAUUGUCAAAGUACAGAAGGAAUAUGUUGCCAUUUCUAUGGAGUGCCUAAAUGAUGGAACACCUGAGGUUAGAGAUGCUGCAUUUUUAACUUUGGCAGCUAUUGCUAAGUUGGUUGGUAUGAGACCACUAGAGAAGUCAAUUGAGAAACUUGAUGAUAUUAGAAAGAAGAAGCUUUCUGAAAUGAUUGCAGGAUCUGGUGGUGGUGAAUCUACUGUCGCAGUAGUUACAGGUGCAGCACCGUCAUCUAGGGCAACUGUACCUUCGUCAGAGGCUUCAGAUGGUUCAUUUGUUAGACGUACAGCAGCUAGCAUGCUGAGUGGAAAAAAACCUCUUCAGGCAGCUCCUGCUAGUAAGAAAGCCGCACCUUCAAAAUCGGGUGCAACUAAAAAGGUAGAGGGAGGUGGGCAAUCAAAAACUUCCAAGCCUGUGGAAAUUGAAGAUGUUGAGCCUGAAGAGAUGAGUUUUGAAGAGAUCGAAAGCAAAUUGGGUUCCCUUAUACAAGCAGAGACAAUAUCAAAAUUGAAGAGUUCCGCGUGGAAAGAGAGGCUUGAAGCUAUUGUGUCAUUUAAAGAACGAGUUGAAGUACUACCAGAACUUGAUAUGUCUAUAGAGAUUUUAAUUCGUUUGCUAUCAACUGUUCCUGGAUGGAGUGAGAAAAAUGUUCAGGUCCAGCAGCAGGUUAUUGAUGUUAUUACCCACAUUUCCUCAAAAGCAUCAAAGCUUCCCAAAAAAUGUGUUGUGCUAUGCCUUCAAGGCAUUGCUGAAAGAGUAGCUGAUAUUAAAACUCGUGCUCAAGCCAUGAAAUGCCUCACUAGUUUCUGUGAAGCUGUGGGUCCAGGAUUUGUUUUUGAGAGGCUUUAUAAAAUUAUGAAAGAGCAUAAGAAUCCUAAAGUUCUUAGUGAAGGCAUACUAUGGAUGGUCACAGCAGUUGAUGAUUUUGGCAUCUCUUCUCUAAAACUUAAGGAUUUAAUUGAUUUUUGCAAGGAAAUUGGCUUGCAAUCCAGUGUUGCUGCCACACGGAAUGCUACCAUAAAACUUAUUGGGACUUUACAUAAAUUUGUUGGUCCAGAUAUCAAGGGAUUCCUGUCAGAUGUAAAACCUGCUCUUCUUAGUGCUCUCGAUGCAGAAUGUGAAAAUAAUCCAUUUGAGGGUGCUUCUGCUGUCACAAAGAGGACAGUGAAGACAUCAGAUCCCAUAUCAGUGUCUAGUGGUGGGCUAGAUAGUCUGCCUCGUGAAGACAUUAGUGGCAAGAUUACACCUGCCUUGCUAAAGGGCUUUGAAAGUUCAGAUUGGAAGAUUCGUCUGGAAUCUAUUGAAAGUGUAAAUAAGAUCUUGGAAGAGGCCAAUAGACGAAUUCAACCAUCUGGAACUGGAGAGCUGUUUGGUGCUCUUAGAGGCCGACUGCUUGACAGCAACAAGAAUAUAGUUAUGGCAACAUUGUCUACUUUUGGUAGUGUUGCAUCUGCAAUGGGACCUGCAGUUGAGAAAUCAAGCAAGGGAGUUCUCACAGACAUUUUAAAAUGUCUUGGUGAUAAUAAAAAACACAUGAGAGAGUGUACUUUGAGUACACUCGAUUCUUGGGUAGCUGCUGUUCAUCUCGAUAAAAUGAUACCUUAUAUCUCUGCCGCAUUAAUUGAUUCAAAAAUGGGUGCUGAGGGGCGAAAAGAUCUUUUUGACUGGUUGUCCAGACAACUUAGUGGAUUGAAACAAUUUCCUGACGCUGUGCAUCUUCUAAAACCUGCUGCAUUUGCUAUGACGGGUAAAUCAGCUGAUGUUCGUAAAGCUGCAGAAGUUUUCUUUGCUGAAAUAUUAAGAAUUUGUGGACAUGAAAUGGUGACCAAAAACUUGAGAGAUAUUCAGGGACCUGCUUUAGCAAUUGUUAUUGAACGGCUCAAACCUUUUGGGGCUCCGCGUGACGCAAUUGAAUCAGGAAUAACAAUUUCAACUGGGACAACAACCAAAACCAGUUCGAAGAUUGGAAAGCCUAACGGUCCUGGUGACCAUGCUUCUCGACAAGGAAGCAGAGUUCGAUCUUCAAGAGUUCUUUCGACAAAGAGCUCAAGGCAAGAGUCCAAUGUGUCUAUUCAGGACAUCUCUAUCCUGUCACAGGCUUUGAUAAAUGUCAAGGACUCAAACAAGGAUGAGAGAGAGAGAAUAGUUGCUCGCCGAUUCAAAUUUGAGGAGCUACGACUUGACCAGAUUCAAGAUCUUGAGAGUGAUUUGAUGAAGUACCUAAGGGAAGAUUUGCAUAAGAGGCUUUUAAGUACAGACUUCAAGAAGCAAGUUGAUGGGAUUGAAAUGCUACAGAAGGCACUUCAUUCCAUUGGGAAGGAAAUAAUUGCAAUUCUUGACAUUGUUUUACGAUGGUUUGUCUUGAGAUUCUGUGAAUCUAACACAUCAUGCUUAUUGAAGGUGCUGGAAUUUCUUCCAGAGCUUUUUGACAUGUUAAAGAAUGAAGGCUACACCAUGACAGAAGCUGAAGCUGCCAUUUUCCUUCCUUGCUUGGUUGAGAAGUCUGGACAUAACAUUGAAAAAGUUAGAGAGAAAAUGCGGGUGCUAAUGAAGAAAAUUAUUUACACAUACUCUGCAUCAAAGACUUAUCCCUAUAUUUUGGAGGGUCUGCGUUCUAGAAACAAUCGAACUCGGAUAGAGUGUUUAGACCUUGUUGGCUUCUUGCUUGACAACCAUGGCGCUGAGAUUAGUGGACAGUUAAAAUCCUUGCAAAUUGUUGCAAGUUUGACUGCAGAGCGGGAUGGUGAACUUCGGAAAGCUGCUUUAAAUACUAUGGUUAAUGGUUACAAAAUACUAGGUGAUGACAUUUGGAGAUAUGUGGGAAAGCUAACAGAGGCUCAGAGAAGCAUGUUAGAUGAUAGAUUUAAAUGGAAGGCUCGAGAUAUGGAUAAAAGAAAGGAGGGAAAGCCUGGGGAAGCAAGGGCUGCUUUAAGGCGCUCGGUGCGGGAUAAUGGGUCUGAUUUGGCAGAACCAAGUGGUGAAGUUUUCAAGUCCUCUGGUCCAAUCAUCAAUAGGGAUAAUUAUAACCAAACUGAGCAUCCAAAGGGAAGGCAUGAGGUUCCUUUGGAGAGGCAUCAAGUGCCUUUACCAGCUUCUGCUGCAAAUGGCCCCACAGACUGGAAAGAAUCUCUGGAUAUUAUAGUUUAUGGUUCACCAGAACAGGUCAUUGAAGGAAUGAAAGUCGUAUGCCAUGAAUUGUUGAUGGCUAUGAAUGAUCCUGAUGGCAGUGGAAUGGAUGAAAUUCUAAAGGAUGCUGAUAGGAUUGUAUUGUGCUUAGCAAAUAAGGUUGGCAAGACUUUUGAGUUCAGCCUGAUGGGUGCCUCGUCAAGGUCUUGUAAAUAUGUACUCAAUACACUUAUGCAGACAUUUCAAAUUAAAAAUCUCGCUAACGCAGUCAAGGAAAGCACCCUUGAUAUUCUCAUUACUGAGCUUUUGCUUUGGCUUCUGGAUGAAAGAGUUCCCCACAUGGAUGAUGGAAGUCAACUUCUGAAAGCCUUGAAUGUUCUGAUGCUUAAGAUCUUGGAUAAUGCUGAUCGAACUUCAUCAUUUGCUGUGCUUAUUAAUCUCUUACGGCCACUGAACCCAUCAAGGUGGCCAUCUCCAGUAACACAUGAUUCCCUUGCUAUUAGAAACCAGAAGUUCUCAGAUUUGGUCGUGAAAUGUCUUAUCAAACUUACAAAGGUUCUUCAAAGUACUAUUCAUGAUGUGGAUCUUGAUCGGGUCCUCCAAAGCAUCCACAUAUACCUACAAGAACUUGGCAUGGAAGAAAUCCGCAGAAGAGCUGGGGCGGAUGACAAACCACUGCGAAUGGUAAAAACUGUUCUGCAUGAACUUGUUAAGCUCCGUGGAACUUCCAUAAAGGGUCAUCUUUCUAUGGUACCAAUUGACAUGCAACCACCACCUAUUAUUCUUGCGUACAUCGAUCUUAAUCUUCAGACAUUGGCAGCUGCAAGAAUGUUGACUCCCUCUGUACCCGGCCAGAAUCAUUGGAGUGAUUCUGCUGCAAACAAUCCCACACCUGCAACCCAUUCUGCUGAUGCACAACUGAAGCUAGAAUUGGCUGCUAUAUUCAAGAAGAUUGGGGAUAAACAGACCUGCAGCAUUGGUCUCUACGAGUUAUAUAGAAUCACACAGUUAUAUCCUAAAGUUGACAUAUUUGCUCAGCUGCAGAAUGCCAGUGAAGCAUUCCGAACAUAUAUUAGAGAUGGUUUAGCUCAGAUGGAGAAGAAUGCAGCAGCAGGAAGAACACCUUCUAGUGUUCCUAUAUCAACGCCUCCACCUGCAGUGCUAAAUCUAUCUUCCCCGAAAUUUAGCCCUGUAUUUCCUGUAAAUACAAACCCUCUGGGUGAUUCAAAAUCCAUAAACUCCAAAUCGGAACCCACUAACUUCAGUCUACCGUUAUCUUAUGCUGAGGAAAGAACUAAUAAUGUAGUGCUUCCAUCAGAGUUGCACCUGCAACCAGGAGAACACAGAGUCGAAAAAUUUCCCUCUGCAGUGUCUAGUGGAACUUUAGAUGCUAUAAGGGAAAGAAUGAAAAGCAUCCAAUUAGCAGCAGCUGCCGGGAACCCAGAUCUUCCGUUGAUGGCCAGGAAUGGGAACGUCAGCCAUGGACGAUCAAAUCAACUUCCUUCAGCCGCUGAACAUACUAUCAGUGGAAAUCCAUAUCCCCAGCAGAGUGGGGUUCUUCCCAUGGAUGAAAAGGCCCUCUCAGGGCUUCAGGCACGCAUGGAGAGGCUAAAAAGCGGUUGUCUUGAACCAUUUUAGGAAAGAAAAGGAUAAACAUUAAACAGUGCUUCAUACGACGAGAUCUUCUUCAAAGCCCCCCAUGGUGUUUUCGUAUAACACUUAUAAACAGAUAAUACUCAAAUCUUAAUUUUGCAGCUUAGGCUAAUGCUUCAGUGUGCUAUAUACCCCUGCUCGAUAGGAUUACUUUUGUAUAUAUUGUAGGUUUAUCAUUUUUGGCUGCUACCAUUAUCAACAGGGAUUUCUCUGAUAAAUCCCAGUUUUGUUCAAUGUAUCAAAUAGUUGGCGUGGUUCUCAUAUUUUGUUAGAAACAAAUGUAUGAUUAUAGUAAAAACAUCCAAAUAUGUUAUAUUAAAGGAAAACCAUGUUUU